GCCGUUGAUUAUUUUCAAGUUUAAAAUUCAGUCGUUGUGCGUACUUCGGAGUGUGUUGUUUUAUAAAUCUAUACUUAUAAUAUAAUGUAACUGGUAAUUUAACUGAACAUGUAAUUUCGUAUCAGAUGCAAGAAAAGAAUACAGCUAUCUAUCAUCAUGUCUCAGAAGAGGAAACAAAACAAUGUUGCGUUUUCAGUAAUCAUUUCACCUGGUAAGCGUCAAAAGAAUGAAGACGAGGAAAUUGUUGCAAUUUUGGCUCCUUUUAACCCUUUUCCUAAAGUAUGUAUAGAACAUGUCAAGAUUAAUGAAACUGCUACAAGAGAUGUUAUUCUGCGCAAUCCUACAAAUAACGAAAUUAAUGUGGAACUCACAAAACUGCCGAGCAGUGAUAGGGGGUUUGAGUGGAGUUCCACUCAGUUUACACUACCACGUCAGUCAGAAUCUACUCUCACAAUACACUGGACACCGACACUGUAUGGAAGCUGGCGGGAUAAUGUCAAGGUAGUGAACAAGAAAAACUUGAAGACUAUUUCUGAACUAAUAUUAAUAUCUUCUACUGAGGAACCUCCAAAGGUUUCUAAACGAUGUCUUCGGUCUCAAACUCAAAGCACAAUCUGCAGAAAAUCUGUGAAGCCUUGUAAACAGCCUAGCUUAUCAAAACAGACGGGCUUAACAUCAUCUAAGUGUGUAACAAACAAAAAUAUUGCUGAAAACAAAGAGAAUAUUGAAACUUUGGAAUCCAAUAGAGAACAAUACACAGAAGAGAAACUUCAAAAUAGACCUUCAAUUAAAAUCAGGAAAGAUCUUAAGCCUGCUGUUGGCCAAGAAUUAUCACUUAUAUGUCAUGAAACACUACGAGAACAAAGAUCAAUGGCUGUGCCUUCCACGAUUACAUUUUCUAAACAAUGUACUUCGUUACCUGAUAAACAAAUACUUAAAACGUCAUCAGUAUUUCCUCCUAAUGUAACUGCAGAUGAUUCGAAACAGAAGUCAAUUGCACAUUCAACCCCAAGACGGACUACUUAUGAAGUGUUAGACCCAGUUUCUUUUCGUAGGUCAACUUAUUCACUGAGAAAUAAACAAGUAACAAAUAUAAUUGGAAUCGAGCAAGAAAAACAAAUAUUUGAGAACAUAGCAAGUCCAUCAGGAAUAUUCAAUGAAAGUCUUGAAAUAGCAGCCUCAAAACUUGUUGAAAAUGAGGCAAGCAAAACCGUUUGUUUAGCAACCAAAGCUAAAGAACCGGCAUUGACCAAAACUGUUUCUUUAAAUACUAGGAGAAUAAUUACCAACAGAAAUGAAUUUUCAGGAGAUACUUUUGUUAUUUCUAAAACUGUUUCACCUGAUGUAACUCAGACUUGUGAGAACACAUUAAGGCGCACAACUUAUGAAAUAGUAAGACCUAUUUCAUCUAGUAAAUUAUCAAGUAAGUUAAGUGCUAUCAGUGAGAAUUUUAUGAAUGUUGAGCAAAAACUCCAACCAAGACUGUCUUUAGAAAGUGUAGGAAGCUCAGAUAAUCUGUAUGAUAGUUUAGAGAAUGCAGAACCAAAGUUGGGAGAAGAAAACUUACUAGCUGAACUAGAUGAUUAUGAUUUUGAGAGAAUUUCUUUAAGCUCACAAAAUGAUAAGUGUGAUACACUAAAAUCUUUCAAAACAUUUUCCGAUGAUAUUGAUGAUUUUAAUAAUAUUACUUGCUCUUCAAGAAAGAGUGUUAAUGGUUUAUCCGAAGAUAGCUUGUCUCCUAAAGUUUUACUGGUGGAUAUUAAACGAUUGUCAGAUAAAUUCGAUAUAAGCUUAUCAAAAACAGUCAAACUCAAUAAGACGUAUACACCAAUCACAUAUAAACAUGAUGGAGGAUUAUCUAUUGAUCAUAUACCAUUAUCACUCUCCAAUAAAACCUACGAGUUUAAAAGUUCCAACUCUUCAGUUUCUGAGAAAUCAAAAGUAUAUGAAGAAUGUUCAUCUGUUUAUCCAAAUACUACUGAAAACAAAACUAUGACUGUUAAAGCUAUUCAAGACCUUGAUAAGCAGUUUAAGCUGGCUGAUUUUGAUACUUUUGCCUCUUUAGAGAAUAGCAGUGAACUUGAUCGUUUGUCUUUCCUUCAAACAAGACCAGAAAUCAGUAAAGAAACAAAACAAAGCUCAGCGCAAAACUUUUUGGGUACAAAUACGAUUGUUGAUCGUUUAAAUGAAAAUAUUGUAAAUAAUAGAACUAAUGACUUCAAAGAAAAUAUAUAUUUUCAAGAACUGCCUAGCAAUUCAUUAUAUAAACAAAGCUAUGAUGGAGGUAAAAAUAUGGCUGAAAACAAUAAUUUUGAUUUUGUAGUAAAAGUAGAAAAAGCGGAGUCAACAACAGACACGUCUGCAUUUCCUAUGGAAUCAUCAUCACUUUCCAUAGAUAUGCAGCCAGAUGCUUCCAGUACAAUAAAACAUGAGCCAGUAAUAUGGGAUAUUUCUCCUCCAGUGAAAAAACCCUUGCACAUUUUACCAGAUAAGAAGAGUGUGUUUAAGAAGUCUGUAAUAACGAUAAAAUCAAGUCCAAAAGUGAAAAAAGUGGGUCAUAUUGUAGCGAAAAGUAUUGUGCAACUGAAAAACCAAAUCCCAAUAAAACCAACUACCACUCAAAAAAAGCCAACUGAUAAUAGUGAACUUUCUACUGAAGUGUUUGUAAUGCCUUCAGUAACCUUAAAAAGAUCCUCUGCAUCAUUUCCAAAAUUGAAUAAUUCCCCCUCAAAAUUGCGAAGAACUACUGAGGAUGUCAAAGUAAAAAGACUUUCCACACCAUCUCUAAGAAAGUCCAGCAGUAUGUCUGGAGGAUGUCAAAGAGACACUGUAGAAGUUCCUCGUACUCUACCAAAAUUAGGCAGUUUCUCUUCAAGGAAACGGAAAGUUCAAAAAGUGGCAGAAUGGCUACCAGUGAGGAAGCUGAAGCUGUCCUCAACUACCAAUGAAGAUGGCCGGUUAUCAUCCCCAGCUGUAGAUUCAUCCAUAGAUCUAGCAGCUCCAGACCCUUUUCUGGCUGCCACCACAUUGAAUCCUUUCAGCGAAGGGGGGCUCUACCUGAGUGAGGAAUGGCUCCAGGCUCAAGAGCAAGAGUUAAUUGACUGGGCAGGUAGAAUGUUACGUCCCCCUGGUGAACUAGAGCUGGAUCGUGAACACGCUCAUAACACUCUCUACAGACUUAAUGCACUGCGUGCCACGGCCUUCAAUCUGUUGAUAGCACCUGAGACUGCCAUGCCUCUCAGCAAAGUCAAAGUGGCAGUAGACAAGAAAAUAAUCUGUAUUCGGUCAGAUAAGCAGCUGCAUGUAGAUUUGGGUCUCCAAGACAAGGUGAUCAGUUUGCUGAUGAACUAUAAUCCUCUGUGGCUUAGAUUAUGCCUGGAAGCAAUAUUCCAGUGUACAAUAGACCUCAAACGUCACUCUGAUUCUGCUGGUUUGAUUAACUUUAUACGUAAGAGAGUGAUUAGUGACGAUUUUAUAAAGGAAUCCUGUUCCCACCCAUCUAUACCCUACAUGAUGUUACCUGAAUUUGAGGACAAAAUGAAGAAAUUUACCUUAUACAAAUUCUUGGUCCUGGUCUAUCUUUUGGAUCUUGUCAAAAGAAAAAAAGUAAUUUUCCAUGAUCCAUGUCUUUUUAAGAAAGACUCCAAAUUGAAGUCCAGCAAAGAAAUUUUAAUUGAGUUCAACAAAACCUUCAUCGCAGGUGCUGGAGACAUUACCAAAGUAUUACGUAUGAAAGGAUAUGAGGUGUCUCAUUGUCAGACCUAUCUCCACGAAUUUGAUUUCACUUUAAACAACAGGAGUGAACUGAGAGAUGGAGUGAGACUAACUAAGCUUGCAGAAAUACUUGUUGGGGAUAACUCAUUGUGCUCUAAGUUGAGAUUACCGGCUAUUUCCUCUCUACAGAAGAAAUUUAAUGCUGAGGUGGCAAUCACGGCCCUCAAGAAUGCAGGGUAUGACCUUCCUCAGAAUGUAAGUGCAAAAGAUAUCACUGAGGGUCAUAAGGAGAAAACACUUUCAUUUUUAUGGCAUUUACGGGGGAUUAUUCAAAAGCAAGCAGUCAUUCUUAUUAUAUCAAAAUGGAGAGAAACAAUACUCCUUAGACAAGACAGACGUAAUUAUCUGAAGAUAAGGAAUUCUGUCAUAAAAAUUCAAAAUUGGUACAGGAAAAUGAAAAAUUUAAAACGUUCAAAUGUAGAUAUUGAACAAGGGAAAAGAGAAAGAGAGCAGUUUUUAAAACUUAAAUCAGUUGUUUUGAUAGUGCAGCGAAACUUUAGGAUAAAGAAAGAAAAAAAGGAGAGAGAAAGAAAAAACAGUGCAGCUAUCAUCAUACAGAAGUGGUACAGGAACAAAAAAGAUACUCAGAAAGCAAAGGAUAAACUCAGAGAAUUUAAAAAUGCAGUGGUAAAAAUUCAACGAGCAUUUAGAAGAUAUAAAAAUCAGCAAGAAGGUCAAAACUCUGAAGAGAGAAUAGAGUUUAUGAGAACUAUAAAGGCAGUACAUGUAAUACAGAGAAAAUUAAGAGAAAAACUUUGCACUGAAAGAGAAAGAAUGAAGUUUCUUAAGAUUAAACAUGCUGCACUGGUGAUUCAGAGAAGAUUUAGAGCUUAUUUACUAGCAAAAUGUGAGCGAAAUUCUUUCUUGAAGUUAAAAUCUGUAGUAAUCAUAAUACAACGAAGAUAUAGGGAGAAGAAAUUGGCAAGAAAAGAAAGACUAGCUUUCUUAUCUAUAAAAGAAGCUGCAAUUUUUGUUCAGAGAAAGUUUAGACACAACAGACUAGCAAGACAAGACAGGCAAUCAUAUUUGUCCAUGAGAGAAGCUGUAGUAUAUAUUCAGAGAAAGAUUAGAGCUAACAGAUUAGCCAGAAAAGACAGGCAAUCCUUCAUCUCCAUGAGAGAAGCUGCAGUUUAUAUUCAAAGAAAGUUUAAAGCUAACAGAUCAGCCAGAAAAGACAGACAAUCCUUCAUCUCCUUGAGAGAAUCUGCAGUGUGCAUUCAGAGAAAGUUUAGAGCCAACAGACUAGCAAGACAAGACAGGCAAUCAUAUUUGUCCAUGAGAGAAGCUGUAGUAUAUAUUCAGAGAAAGAUUAGAGCUAACAGAUUAGCCAGAAAAGACAGGCAAUCCUUCAUCUCCAUGAGAGAAGCUGCAGUUUAUAUUCAAAGAAAGUUUAAAGCUAACAGAUCAGCCAGAAAAGACAGACAAUCCUUCAUCUCCUUGAGAGAAUCUGCAGUGUGCAUUCAGAGAAAGUUUAGAGCCAACAGACUAGCAAGACAAGACAGGCAAUCAUAUUUGUCCAUGAGAGAAGCUGUAGUGUAUAUUCAGAGAAAGAUUAGAGCUAACAGAUUAGCCAGAAAAGACAGGCAAUCCUUCAUCUCCAUGAGAGAAGCUGCAGUUUAUAUUCAAAGAAAGUUUAGAGCUAACAGAUCAGCCAGAAAAGGCAGACAAUCCUUUAUCUCCGUGAGAGAAUCUGCAGUGUGCAUUCAGAGAAAGUUUAGAGCCAACAGACUAGCAAGACAAGACAGACAAUUGUUUAUUUCUUUCAGAGAAGCUACAAUGUAUGUUCAGAGAAAGUUUAGAGCCAACAGAUUAGCCAGAAAAGACAGGCAAUCCUUUGUGUCAAUGAGAGAAGCUGCUGUGUACAUUCAGAGAAUGUUUAGAGCCAACAGAUUAGCCAGAAAAGACAGGCAAUCCUUUGUGUCCAUGAGAGAAGCUGUUAUGUGUGUUCAGAGAAAGUUUAGAGCCAAAACUCUUGCAAGACAAGACAGAAGAUCAUUUAUUUCCAUGAGAGAAGGUGUUGUGUACAUUCAGAGAAAGUUUAGAGCUAACAGAUUAGCCAGAAAAGACAGGCAAUACUUCAUCUCCUUGAAAGAAGCUGCAGUGUGCGUUCAAAGAAAGUUUAGGGCCAACACACUAGCAAGACAAGGCAGGAGAUCAUUUCUUUCUUUGAGAGAUGCUGCAAUUUAUAUUCAAAGAAAAUUUAGAGCCAACAGAUUAGCCAGAAAAGGCAGAGAAUCUUUUGUGUCUAUUAGAGAAGCUGCAGUUUAUAUUCAAAGAAAAUUUAGAACCAUCAGACUAGCUAGACAAGAUAGGCAAUCAUUUUUGUCCUUGAGAGCAGCUGCAGUGUAUAUUCAGAGAAAGGUCAGAGCCAACAGAUUGGCCAGAAAAGACAGGCAAUCCUUCAUCUCUAUGAGAGAAUCUACAGUGUGCAUUCAGAGAAAGUUUAGAGCCUACAGGCUAGCAAUACAAGACAGGAGAUCAUUUCGUUCUUUGAGAGAUGCUGCAAUUUAUAUUCAAAGAAAGUUUAGAGCUAACAGACUAGCAAGACAAGACAGGCAAUUGUUUACUUCUAUCAGAGAAGCUACAAUGUAUGUUCAGAGAAAGUUUAGAGCCAACAGAUUAGCCAGAAAAUGCAGGCGAUCCUUUUUGUGUAUGAGAGAAGCUGCAGUAUUUGUUCAGAGAAGGUUUAGAGCCAACACACUUGCAAGGCAAGACAGGCAAUCUUUCAUGACCAUGAGAGAAGCUGCAAUGUGCGUUCAGAGAAAGUUUAGAGCUAACAGACUAGCAAAACAAGACAGGAGAUCAUUUCUUUCUUUGAGAGAUGCUGCAAUUUAUAUUCAAAGAAAAUUUAGAGCCAACAGAUUAGCCAGAAAAGGCAGAGAAUCUUUUGUGUCUAUUAGAGAAGCUGCAGUUUAUAUUCAAAGAAAAUUUAGAACCAUCAGACUAGCUAGACAAGAUAGGCAAUCAUUUUUGUCCUUGAGAGCAGCUACAGUGUAUAUUCAAAGAAAGUUUAGAGGCAAUAAACUAGCAAGACAAGACAGGCAGUCUUUUGUGUCUAUGAGAGAAGCUGCAGUUUAUAUUCAAAGAAAGUUUAGAGCCAAUAAACUAGCAAGACAAGACAGGCAGUCUUUUGUGUCUAUGAGAGAAGCUGCAGUUUAUAUUCAAAGAAAGUUUAGAGCCAAUAAACUAGCAAGAGAGAACAGGCUCUCUUUUCUGUUUAUUAAAGAAGCUGCAGUGUGUGUUCAGAGAAAGUUUAGAGCCAACAGAGUAGCAAAACAAAGCAGGCAAUCUUUUCUAAGAAUGAAAAUUUCUGCUUUGUUAAUUCAACAAAAAUAUAGAGCAACUAGACUAGCUAGAGAAAAUAGAAUGGCUUUCUUAACUAUGAAAAACAUUGUUAUAGUUAUACAAAGAAGAUUUAGGGCUAAUUUAUCAGCAAGAUAUGAGAGGCAACAAUUUUUGGCAUUAAAAAAUGGAGCCAUUUGUAUUCAAAGAAGAUUCAGAUCGUAUUUAACUGCUAAAAAAGAGCGUCAAUAUUUUAUUAAUUUAAGGUGGGCUGCAGUUGUAAUACAGCGCAAAUACAAAGCAAUGUGUGAAACAAGAAAUGCACAGGCAGUUUCGGUUGAUUUGGAAGUUCAGAAGAGAGCGAAUGCAGCUCUCAAAAUCCAGGCAAUUUGGCGUGGCCGGAUGGUACGCAAGAAUGUGGUUGUUCCUCGGCCAAAGAUACAAACCAGUGACAUGGAAAGAGCUCGUGUGCCUCUUGCCAUCCGUGGUUCACAUAUCCUUCAAGCAUUACAAGACUUUCCCAAGCUGUCUGUAGCUCAAAUGCAGAGAACAUUGUACAACUUAGAUGUUGUUACAUCAUUGACAGCUAACCAGUGUCACUAUUUUGUGAGUAACGGGAUAGUUAAGAUCUUUUAUAACUAUGUCGGAUGUAUGAACAAGGCUUUAGGCGUCGAUCGUUGUAUCGAACUUAUACUUCUCAUCUUAAUCAAUGUCUACAGAGCUCCACAAACUGCAGAACAAGUUUGGCAGGAUACAUUAGAGGCCAAUGGAAUCACUCACUUGGUGGAACUAAUGUUGAAUUUUCGACUGGAGAAGACAUCAACAGUUUUCUGCAAGGCUUGCACCGCUCUCUGGCUGUUUGCUCAGGACCCAGCUAAAGUUAAUGUUAUAAUGAGUUCAUCAAAAGUCGUACACACCUUAAAGUAUAUUAUGAAGAAUUUUGAGAAGACAAAACAGAAUGUUCCUGCUACCUCAAAAAAACUUGUGUCAACUAAGAAAAAUGCUGUCCCAGCAAUGGUUCCAAACUGGGGAAAUUAUUAUAAUCAUCCCAGAGCUUUUAGUGAUAAGACUUUUGCAUUUGAAUCUGUGACUAAAUUAUUAAAAUUAAUUUGAGUUUUCGCCAUCCUGAUAUUGUAUAGCUGUAUAAUAUGCAUGCAUUUUACAUCUUCCCUAGUUUUGUUAAUUUGUAAGCAGAUCUUAUUGUAUUGACUGCAUAUUGUAGAUUGUACAACUUAUAGUGUCAAUCCUAUUUAUAAUUGUUUAAAUGUAUGCUGAUGAUGAUUAUAAACUGUCAGUGAAGGAUUUUUAAAGUUAUGUUUUUCUUAUUGAAGCACAAAUGUUUCAUUUUAAAUUAAGAGACCAUCUUUCUUAAAGAACAUUACAAUUAAUGUGAUUAUAUCACUGUUGCUAACUAUUUUAGAAAAAGCAACAGAUUAAUUUAUUUUAGCGAACUGUAUAUCUCUUCCGGAUCAUAACAUUUAUGAAGUGUAUGUGUGUGUUCAAAUUCUUGCAAUUAAUAUGACGGUGUUAAUGUUGGAUUUUAAGCUACUUACUGUUUUAAAUAUAUAAUUAGACAUGUGUAUUCAUAAGAUCUGAAUUGUUAUUUGUAUUGAAAUAUAUUUAUAUACUUGUUUGCAGUUUUGAAA